CUGUUUCUCUGUGGCAGUGCCAACUGUGAGCCGUGAGUUGGCGGGCUCGCGCACCGCGUGCAUAGAUCGCAUGCAAACUGCGCGCAUAGCACACAAUUACGUGCAAUUACUACUUGGACUAGGAGCAUCAGUAGGGCGUUCGACAGCUGAAGAACGGCUUGCGAAACCCGAAUCUUCCAGCUGAGCGCCUCUCGCUCGCUUUAAUUUGCCAGCAGCAGCUGCGAGGGGUCCCGGCCGCGAGUUGACAUGGAGGUCGACAGCUCAGCGCUGGGCGCGGCCAACACGGGCUGUUAUAACUAUGUGGUCACAGCGCACAAGCCCACUGCGGUCACGCAGUCGGUGGUCGCGAACUUCACUGGCCCCAACGACAUCAACCUCAUCACGGCGUGCUGCACACGGUUGGAGAUCCGCACGCUCGGCGCACAGGGCCUGGUGGCCGUGCUGGAUGUGCCAAUCUACGGCAACGUCAGCUCGCUGCAGGCGUUUCGGCCGCGGGACCUGCAGACAGACCUGCUGUUCAUCCUGACGGAGAAGUACAAGUUCUGUGUGCUGCAAUACGACAGCGCCAAAGGCCAGCUGGUGACACGCUCCAACGGCGACGUGGCCGACCGCACUGGCCGCCCCACCGACAACGGCCAGCUGGGCUUCGUGGACCCGGCCUGCCGCGUCAUCGGACUGCACCUGUACGACGGCAUGCUCAAGGUGAUUCCCAUGGACGAGCGCACUGGUGCGCUGAGUGAGGCCUACAACGUGCGGCUUGAGGAGCUGUGUGUGCUGGACAUGGCAUGGCUGGCGCCCACAAGCAAGGGUUCCGCCGCCGGCCCCAGCGGCUCGUCUGCCGCCGCGGCCUCGGGGCGGCCGCUGCUGUGUGUGCUGCACCAGGACCCCAAGGGCGCGCGCCACGUCAAGACGUACGAGGCGGCGCUGGCGGCCAAGGAGCUGGUGGAGGGCCCCUGGCAGCAGCAGCACGUGGACGCGGGCGCAGGCAUCCUCAUCCCCGUGCCUGCGCCUCUGGGUGGCGUGGUGGUGGUGGGCGAGAAUGUGUUGAGCUACUGCGGCGGGCCGGGCGCGGGCCCGGGCGGAGGAGCCCCCGUGUCGGCGCCACUGCGGCAGACCAUCAUCACGGCCUGGUGCCCUGUGGACCCGGACGGGUCGCGCUACCUGCUGGGCGACCGGCUGGGGGGGCUGCACCUGCUGGUGCUGGCACACGACGGCGCCGGCCGUGUCAGUGGGCUGCGAGUGGAGCCGCUAGGCCACACCUCCACGCCCUCCUGCCUGUCCUACCUGGACAGCGGCCUCACGUUCGUGGGCAGCCGCAGCGGCGACUGCCAACUGGUGCGCAUCAGCCCCACACCAGUCAACCAGCCGGCACCCAUGGAGGAGGACAGUGAGGCGGCAGGUGCCGCUGCCGCCGCCGCGGCAGCGGCAGCCGCCGCCGAGCCGCCGUCUUAUGUGGAGCUGGUGGACAGCUUCCCGAACCUGGGUCCCAUCCUGGACUUUGUGGUGAUGGAUCUGGAGCGCCAGGGGCAGGGGCAGCUGGUGACUUGCAGCGGCGUGGAUGGGGACGGCAGCCUGCGCGUCAUCCGCAACGGCAUCGGCAUCAACCGCCAGGCGACGGUGGAGCUGGCGGGAAUCAAGGGCGUGUGGUCGCUGCGGGCCCACUACGGCGAUGAGCACGACGCCUACCUGGUCCUCACCUUUGUGGGCGAGACACGCCUGCUGGCGCUGAACGCCGAGGAGGAGCUGGACGAGGCGGAGAUCCCCGGCUUUGACGCCGCCGCCCAGACGCUGUGGUGUGGCAACACCGCCUGCGACCACCUGCUGCAGGUGACUAGCUCCUCGGUGCGGCUGGUGGACAGCAGCAGCCUGGCACUGGUGUCGGAGUGGCGCCCGCCCGCGGGCUUCUCCAUCAACGUCGCGGCGGGCAGCCCCACACAGGUGGUGGUGGCCACGGGCGGCGGACACCUGGUGUACCUGGAGGUGCAGGCGCAGGCGGGCGGCGCGGCGGUGGUGGAGGUGGCCAACGUGACCCUGGACUCGGAGGUGGCGUGUGUGGACGUGUCGCCGCUGCUGCUCACCGCCGGACCAGGCUUGGCACCCGCCGGCCCCACCGACUCGGGCAGCAGUGCGGAGCGCUCGGGCCUCGUGGCUGUGGGGCGGUGGGACCAGACGCUGCAGCUGCUGGCGGUGCCGGGCCUGACGCCGCUGAGCGUCACGCCGCUGGGCGGCGAGGUCAUCCCGCGCUCGGUGCUGUGUGUGGGCCUGGAGGGCGUGCCGUACUGCAUGGUGGGGCUGGGCGACGGCGCGCUGCACACGUGGCGGCUGGAGCCAGCCACGGGCGCUCUGACGGACCGCAAGCGCGUAGUCCUGGGCACCAAGCCCAUCACCCUCCGCACCUUCCGAACCGCUGCCGCCGCGGCGGCCGCAGCCGGCGGCGACAAUGGCGGCGCGCGCGGCGGCGGCGGCGGCGGUGUUAGCGUCUUUGCCGCAAGCGAUCGGCCGACGGUGGUGUACUCGUCCAACCGCAAGCUUAUGUACAGCAACCUUAACGAAAAUGACGUGGCGCAUCUGUCGUCCUUCCAUGCCGCCGCGUUCCCGCACUCGCUGGCCGUGGCCUCGGAGGCGGCACUCACCAUCGGCACCGCUGACCAGCUGCAGAAGCUGCACGUGCGCACUGUGGUUCUGGGCGAGCAGCCGCGGCGCAUCGCGCACCACGAGGCGGGCCGACUGCUGGGAGUGCUGACGCAGCGCGUGGACCCCGACGGCGAGGAGCGCGGUCAGCUGCGGCUGCUGGACGACACCACCUUUGACGUGGUGGCCUCCUACGGCCUGGCGCCCGGCGAGAUGCCGUGCAGCCUGGCGGCCUGGCCGCGCGGCCUGCCCGGCAGCGAGGGUGCGGCCGGCGGCUCCGCCGCCGGUGCGGCCGCCGCAGGCGCCACAGCCGCCGCAGGCGGCUCCGCCUCUGCCGCCUCCGCCGCCGGCCCCGCCACGUUUAUUGUGGGCACGGUGCUGCUGCGGCCCGACGAGCCCGAGCCCAGCCGCGGCCGCAUCCUAGUUCUGGAGUACUUGCCGGGUGGCGCCGGCGGCGCGGCGGCGGGCGGCGGCGCGGUGCGGCUGGUGACGGAGAAGGAGGUCAAGGGCGCGGCGUACAACGUGAGGCCGUUCGCGGGGGACAAGAUCCUCGCAUCCGUGAACAACAAGGUGACGGUGUACCGCUGGGUGGUGCGCGAGGGCAGCGGCGGGCCGGGCGGCUGCGGCGCGUACGAGCUGGCCUCGGAGUGCCAUCACCUGGGCAACGUGCUGGCGCUGUACCUGGCGGCGCGGGGCGGGCUGGUGGUGGUGGGCGACCUCAUGCGGUCCGUGUCGCUACUGUCGUACAACGCCGAGCAGGGGGUGCUGGAGCACCGAGCCGCAGACUACAACAGCGGCUGGACCACCGCCGUGGAGAUUUUGGAUGACGACAACUACAUCGCAGCCGAUAACCACUGCAACCUCUACGUGGUGCGGCGCAACGCCGACUCCGCCACCGACGAGGAGCGCGCGCGGCUGCAGGUGGUGGGCGAGUUCCACACCGGCACCUUCAUCAACCAGAUGCGCAACGGCUCGCUGGUGAUGCGCCUGCCCGACAGCGAGCACGCCGGCCUGCCGCCGCCGCUGCUGUUUGCCGGCACGGACGGGCGGCUGGGCGUCGUGGCGCGGCUGCCGCCGGCGCUGUACGAGUGGGCCACCAAGCUGCAGACCGCGAUGCGCUCAGUGGUUCGUGGCGUGGGUGGUCUAGACCACGAGCAGUGGCGCGCCUUCGCCAAUGACAGGCGCUGCGGCGAGGCGCGCGGCUUCGUGGACGGCGACCUGAUUGAGUCGCUGCUGGACCUGCCGCCCGAGGACGUGGCUCGUGUGGCUACGGUGAUGGGUCCCGAGGUGACGGCGGAGGAGCUCACACGGCGCGUGGAGGACUUGGCGCGGGCGCUGCAUUGAGAGCGCCGGCGUCACAGGUGCUACAGUCCAGGCGCGUGCGCUUCUGCGCGGUGAAGACUGCACUCGCGUGGACGAGAUGAGGUCGCAGUCUUACUCCGAGCGGGUGUUCAGCUAGAGUUUGUGCGGGUACGAUGGAUGUUAAUGAGGAUAGUGCGGGAUGCAUCAUUUGGCACGACUGACCCGAAGUGGCCAUGUAUGCAGCUGGCAGGUGACUCUUGAGUUGCCCUGUUCCGUGCUCUGUUGCUGGGCCGCCUUCCCGAUUGCUACCUUCACGGCAACGAAUACCGGUAUCUGGGUGUGCAAAGCGCGUGUAGCUCUGACGAAGGACUGCGCCGUCCGCUAGAUGAAGCAUUAAUGCAAAGCAUAGUGUCUCGAAACUCGCUGUGACCCGAGCUGCUCUGAGCUCGGCCUUGAUGAGCAAGGGCGCCCACGCCCCAGAGGUGGCCGCUGUAGUAGGACAGUCGGAAAAAGACACAUCUAGAUGCCCCAGGGCGCCGUCCGCGGGGUUAUAUACUUGUGUGUCGUAGAACUUCCGUGUUCCGCCCACAGAGGCUGCCAUCCAUCUGAAGGCACAAUUGG